AUGGAUGGAGUCGCCGGUCCGGAGAGGGGUCGGGGGAUCACGAAGGAUGAGCGGAACCAAGCGGACUCGCCGGAGGAAAGGAAGAGCCGCGCCGGCGACACGGCACAUCAUGACAUGAGUUUGGCAGUUGAACUUUACAAGCCCAGUGUGGCAACCCUAGCACGGUGUUGUGCUUUGGCAAGAACAUUGUCAUGGGAAAGUCUGUCACCAAAUGUUCAUUGCUUUAUUGCUCUGGGGAAGAUCUACAGAGUUACAGAUCUUGCAUUUGACUCAUUGUGGAGGUCAGGAAGGUUGAGAACCUAUAAGGGAGUAGCUAACUUUGACGAUAUCCUGGCACAGUCUUAUGCUUUUAUGGUGGCAAGAGGUGAUCUGGUAAUGGAAAUUCCUGUAGAGAAGAUCUUUUAUGCACAUAAGGCAAUGAUUUUCAGGUUCAACAUUCAGGGCAAGCCAGUGUGGUUAGACAGCUACUGGGGCUUGCUGGCAAGUAAUGGCAUUGAGUGUGAUCCUAAUUCGUCACAGGAAGUUGAUCAUACAGUCAGAAAGCUUAAACCAGCAUUCAGAUAUGAAAGGUGGUUGCCAGCUAGGCGUGUCUGCGUGGUGUGGCGCAGGAAGAUGGCUGGACGUGUCCACAUGUGGUGCAGGAGAGUCAAUGUUCUUGAUGUUGUUCAACCAUGCAAACCUAGCAUACAAUCUAGGUUUUCUACGCUCAGAUUCAUGAAAAUAGUGAAGAAAUUCAAUCCAAUCCAGAGAUCCUUCAUUUCCAAGUAUAAUUUGGAUAAUCUGGCUAUGCUACCCGAUCACUUAAUGAUUCCUAUGCAUCUUCUUGAGUGGCUUGUUAGCAAAACUUCUAAUGAUGGAUCGAAGUACUUUCAGCACGAGAACAAAUCUAUUCACUUCAACAAGGAAAUGGUAGACAAGGUUUUCGGUUUUCCAGGUGGGACCAAGCAAUUUCUGUUGGAAAGCUCCGAUCCUGAAAUAAACAGAGAGGUUGAUGAGAUAUGUGAUCAGUACCUCCAAGGGAAGAAGAAAAUAUCUGUGCUGAACGUGGAAUCUGUGUUGCUUGGUUCUAACAAUGAGGUUGUUUUCAUUAGGAGCUUCUUGCUUUUAUUCAUCACAACAGUUCUGUGCCCUUCAACAUACAACUUUGUGAACCCCAAAUAUCUCUUCUCUCUGAGAGACAGCGACAUCAAAGAAGUAUAUAAUCUUGAUUUUGCCUCCCUCUGCCUGAACAAUCUGUGGAAUGAGAUGAAUUCUUGGAAAACAAAGGUUCUGCAAGACCAAAGUAAUUCAAACAGGAUAUUAUGGAUCGGUGGCUGUUUACCUUUGAUUGCAAUUGUAUACAUGGAUUUCCUUGAUUUUGAUGGCACCGUUGGUCCUCUUGAUUAUCAUCUGCCUAGAAUGUCACAUAUAAAGAAUGAAGACUUUCUUCAUGUAGUGAAAUCAGACCGUAACAUGAUUUCAGAAAAAUCAUAUGGAGUCCUACCACAUCGGGACAUCUCUCUUACUCCAUAUAAUGAUGCGUUAGCAAUUAUUCCAGUUGUAGUAGAACCUGAUUCAGUUGUUGCAGUGGUUGAUGAUAUUACAACAGAUCUUGUAGAACCUACUGAUGAAGACGUUGUUCACAAUGUUCAAGACACAAUGUUCAGCACACCAAUUUAUAUCUCUGAUCCACAAGUUGAAGUUGAUAGUCUUGGGUCCCACACCAUUGAGGGUGAGGAUUGGUUAUAUUCUGCUGAUUCUGAUUCUGCUCAGAUUAGGAGUUUCGACAGAGCUGUUGAACAAGAUAUAAUUGGACUUGGCGAGAACUAUAAUGAAGCAAGGAACAUUGGAGGAAUUCAUGAUAUUGGUGAUGGAUUACUCAACAUUGCUAUCUCUUACGCUCAAGUUUCUGAUAGCUCAGUAGAAGAGAUAGCUGAAGGAUUUGUUUCAAAAACCUACUCAGAUACUCCAGUACUGUCCACCCUAGGCACUGCAAGUAAUGAAUUUGAUGAUGGAGUAGGAUUUUCCAUGUCUUCCAACCAACCUACUGUCAUCAGAGCAGUGGAACCAUCUGCAGGGAAUGCAAACAACUUCCUGAACUUAUUCCCUCCAACUGAAACCGAUCAUAGCAGUUUCGACAAGAGGAAUAGGAAAAAGAGAGCUGCGAAAGCAACAUCUCCUGAGAAGGUCAUGUCAGAUAUAAUUAUAGAUUCCUACAUUCUAUCUUUCCAUAAUGAUCAUCUGAGAAGGAACAGAUUCAAGAAAGCAAAUCCUUCUCCAAUUGUAGUCGAGAUUGGUCGUUACUCUGUAACAUAUACCAAUUUCUUCAACUCAUUUAAAGCCAAUGGUGAUGUAAAUGGAGAUACUAUGUCAGUGUAUGCUCAAAUCUACAACGACCAAGCUAGAUAUGAUGCAUUGUCGAAACCAUAUCUGAAAAAGUUCAUGUUUGCGCCUCAAUUCACUGACAUGUUGAUGCAAGAUCCAAGUGCAUUUGACAAGGAUUUCGUUAUCCGAGAAUUCAGAUGGGUCAUCAAUUAUUUAGGAUUUGACAUUUCAACAAUGGACAUCUUGCACUUCCCAAGAGUUGAUUCCAAAAAAUGGGUUCUAGUAGCUGUUAAUCCACUUUAUGAGACAAUGAAUUUCUUCGAUCCUACUUCUUCAACAGCAAAAGAAAACCAAGAUGAAUUGAUGAGGAAUAUGGCAUGUAAUCUGAAUACAGUCUGCAAAGAACUCAACAUUAUUGGGAAGGAUAUUGAAAAGUUCAAGAAACCAAAGUCCCAAAAUUACACCUGUAGUGCACUGAUGUGA